AUGACGCCCAGUCCUCCAGAUGAAGCACUUCAUUUUCGCGGGAAGACCCUGACUCCGGAGAGUCCUCGGCCGCUACACAUCCCGGAGCCCGCCAAUAUCCCAGUCUUGGAGAAUCAAAUGGAUCCGGUUUUUAACGAUACAUCCACAUACGAGCCCUCGGUGCAUAACAAAGAUGGAAGGUCACACAAACAAGACUCCGGUCAGGCGGCCGCAUCUGCUAGUUUUCCUCUCUCGCAGCCGAGUGCGGUGCCGAAUGAAGUAACUGUUCCUGCAUCAUACUACCCUCCAAACCAAGCGUCGGCGUCCGAAACAUCUGGCUAUUCAGGGUCAUUCUCUGUUCCGGAUUCUCAUUCCCACCCUGCUCCGGCUCCAAUAUCCCAAGGCUUUGCCACUGCGAACGAAGUAGAACAUGCUCACCCGGAGCAGUCAAAGAUACCGGACCGUCUAAAUGCUGAGGGUCAUGCGGGACAUAACACUGGGGUCAAUUUUCAGAGUCUACUGGAUCACAUCUCUCAGCCCAACCCUGGUGCGACCCUUUCCGGUCUUUCCUCGGCCCAAAACUCGUCCUUCUACCAAGCGCCCAUCAACGGAUCCAUCCAAGCCCAGGGCAUCCCUGCCCAUACUCAAGCCCAAUCUUCUUCUACCCAGGCCCAUUACACUCCCAUUGGCGAGUCAUCUACCCAAGCAGCCCAAAACAGUAACCCCUCCGAUUCGUCUACUAUUGCCCCUGGCGCGCCUGCCCAUCCAACCCCGUCUACCGGUGCCGAGUCCCAGGGCUCCGCGCAAGAACAUUCUGCAGCCCUUCGGCAAGCCCGGUCUACCAAGGGCAACGAUGAAGAUUCGUGGUGGGGCCCAGAAGUUCAGAAGAAGUAUGACGAGUUCCUGCAUGAUGAGCGAAUCUAUGUGACGGAAGGUCUGUGGGAUCGGUUCCCCAUGGGUUCCAGACUGUUUGUUGGCAAUUUACCCACUGAAAGGGUCACUAAACGAGACAUGUUUCAUUUAUUCCACAAGUACGGCAAAUUGGCUCAGAUAUCGAUCAAGCAAGCCUAUGGCUUCAUACAGUUUUUGGAGGCGAGUUCUUGCCGUGCAGCUCUCGACGUCGAGCAGGGAGCGAUCAUCUCGAGAUCUCGAAGCCACAGCGAUCGACCCGACCUGCCCAAGCACCGGAGCCCACUCAUGCACCACCUCGUUCGCGAUCCCCCGAAUUCAGCCGCGCCGGGCCUGGGCGUGCCAAUGCCCGGGCCGCGGAUCGUUACGACCGGGCCAAGCCAUAUGAACCAAGUCGCUUGCCUUUUAGCGACUUCCGAGAUGAGCCGUCUCAUCGCAGUAGGAGGGACGACUAUCGCCCACCACGGUCGCCUUCUCCUCGGCCAUUUCGAGGACAUAGGGAUGGGUAUCGGUCACGCGAGAGAACUCCCGAAAGAUUCGAUCGUCGUGAGCGAAGGCGCUCCCGAUCACGUUCUCCACGAUCCCCUUAUGCCAGAGAUCGACGUGCCCCGACGAGGGCAGCGAGAUGUGCCUGAUGUUCAGAUUCUUGUGCUGGAAGAACUUGAUAGAAACUUCAUCCUUCAUGUCGAGAAUGCAUUUCGUAACCGUGGAUUGCGUGUGGAUGUCUUGGUGCUUGGUCCCCGGAUUCCUCUUGGCGCUGCAGUGCAUCGUCAAUUCAUUGAAGGUGUUCUUGCAGUUGUCCGCCUCGCUCGACCAAACCAAGUCUCGCGGAAGAUUCCUCUUCAGCUUUUUGAUCGGACCGCUGGAUUGGAUAAUGUCCGCUUCCUCGAUUACCCUGAGCUCGAGCCUAACAUGUCCGCUGAACUCCUGAGUCACCAAGCCCACGCCAUGCAGCGAGGAGCUGCCCCAACUGCAUUCGCGCCGAAUCCAGCGUUUGUUGGCCCGUCCGUGCAACCCGUUCCCCCACCUGGCCUGCUCGGCCUGUCUGGCCUUUCCAAUCCUCCGAACAUUGCGAAUCUCAUUGGUUCUUUGGAUGGCCCUAGCCUUUCGUCUCUUUUGUCGGCUCUUCAGCGACCUCCCCUUUCGCAGCCCGUAUCUGCUGCACAGUCGCCUUUCUCCUCGCCGAACCUACCCUCAACUGACCUCGCCAGUCUUCUAAGCAACGCGCAUCGCCCUCCAUCCAUGCAAUCCGCGCCACAGCAGCCUCUGCCCCACCCAUCCUUUAAUAUUCAGCCCUCGAAUGCACCUGUUAUCACUGAUGCAAACCUGCUUUCACUCUUGGCCAAGGGCCUAGGUGGACAACAGCCACAGGGCCAGGCACCUAUCGCUCCCCAGGUACAGAACCUGAUGCAACACCUGGCGAAAUGGAAGCAAUGA